AACAGACAACCAACAUUCAGUGGUCCAACGGAUUUUCCACAGUGCAGUUUAGCUCUCGCUCUCGGUGAAACCAGCAGUGCAGUAGUCCGCGUCCUGCGAAAUCUGCCACCCAGUCACAGCUCCAGUUCCAGGCCAGGUAACGAGCAAGUGUGUACUGCAAAGCGAGUUGAAUCAGUAGUGAUCAGUGCUGUACCGGUGAACGAACCCGAACACUCGCCACCUCUGUCAAGAUGUCGUCCACGAACGGUGUUGGUAAUGGAAGCUUCUACAUGCUGCAGGCGUUGGUGCUGCUCUGGACGAUAGCGGUAGUAUCGGCAAACAAGCGAUACUGUGGCGCCGAGCUGGUCAAGGUACUGUCCUUCCUGUGUGACGAGUUCCCCGAUCUGCAUACCUCGAGCAAGAAGGCCGUGGACACCUUCAUGAAGACGGACACGACCAACGAUGAGUGGAUGAGCGCGGACGAUAGCACGCAACAGCAGCAGCAGCAGCAGCAGCAGAUGAUACUCGACCAGCAGCUUCAGUCGGUCGGCAUGAUGGACGAUCGUGGCACCGUACCGGCCUGGAUGAGCAUGGUGUACCCGGCGAACUACAUGUACCGCCACGGAGCCGGACACAACGAGCUGAUACCCGCCCGGUUCCGCAAGAGCCGCGGAGGAAUCGUGGAGGAGUGCUGUUUGCGACCCUGCGGCAUGAGCCAGCUGCUGCAGUACUGCAAGAAGGUCAGCGCAUUCUAAGCGGCUCGGAUCGUACCCGAUAUGUGCAUCCCAUAGGUGUUGAUCUCGUGUAAUCUCCCAUACGCGAAUGGCGCGUACAAAAUCGUACAAAGCAACGUUACAAAUCGCAUGCAACUAACUCUACCUAGGCUUAAGGCUCACAAGCUCUCAUCUGUUACUAGAACUCGCUUUUUCAUAUUUAACGGUGUUGCUACAUUUGUUGCACGAUCGUACGGGUGGGCAGGCCAGUCGGCGCAGAGAUUGUAAACUGGACGCCUAUUUAGCUACGCGUAGAGCCCUUACCCUAAUGGGCUGUGCCGGUUUUGCCCGGUGCGGUUAUUAUUGGACAAAAUGAAACUAUACAAUAAAACAACAACCUAUCCAUUAUUGGUCAUUUGCAAACAUUGAAAUCGCACAAACCAAAGUUGUAGUUGGACGGAUCGUGGUUGUACUUACUGGA